GGCAAGAAGCAGAAGAACCGCCGGGCAACGGGCAAUCUCACUCGCUCUCGUCACUGCAAAGCUGCCACUGUUCACGAGUUCGUCUUCCUCCUCCUCGGAAUCAUCAUCAUCUCGCCUCCCACCGAUCGCCUCCGGGCCGCCGCUCCAAUUUUUGUGUGGCGUCCUCGCUGCCCCGCUAACAAAAUUCCGUGUUUUUAGAUUUAUUUUUUCCUCUCCUCCUCCCCACCGGCCCGCUCCUUGUGCUCCCCGGCUUCCCUCCGUCGAGAUUCUGGCCGCCGCAGCGCCUCUCCCCUACCGGCGCCGGCGAGAGAUCGGCCGGUCGAUCACGAUGAACUCGUGAGGCUCUCCGAGAAAUGCCGGGUGCGCUAGAAGUAACUGACAAAAGGUUAAAGAGCACGUUACGUAUGCAGUGUAACAGAUCACUCAAUCGGAAUAACGACAACCGCUUUCCAGAGGACCAGCUAAUAAACAGACCGGUUACCGUCUUCCCAGAGAACAGGGACAGUAGAUUUACAGAGCGGCACAGUUCAGAUUGGAAAUUGGCGCCGUUUUCAUCCAGCAUACAAGAGGUCAACAAGGCAAGCUAUUCGACAACAGGACCUGCUGCUACAGAGGUCUUUAAGUUAUUAUCCCCACAGCCAACGGUAGUAUAUUGGUUAGAUCAGCCGGAUGAAAAGAACAUGCAUUAUCAGGAUGAUUCUUCUAGACCACUUCCCAAUGGAGGAAGUACUUUAGGACAACAUCGGCAUAGGAAAAAAGUUAAGAACUCAUUGACAACAUGUCCUCCCUGUCAUGUGGUUGCAAACACCUCUUCCAGCCCUGUCACUGCUCCUCUGAGAUCUGAUUCUGAUGUUUUGCAUGAUGAUGAUAAACCUCCAAAAAGGAAUUCUAAGAAGAAAGUGAGCAAAAAAGGGAAACAAUACAGACAGGGUGAAAAGCUUGAUUUGUUACCCGAAAUCCUUUGUGCAGAGCAUAUUGAUGCUGCUUCUCCUGUUGAGGUACUUCUGCCUGAUUUACUUGCUGAGAAGUUGUCAGAUACCUCAUCCUCCACCAGCUUGCUGGUUAGAGAUGCCCAUCUGGGCAAAGAUAAUGGUGAGAACAACAAUGAAUAUGUGGAAGGUGGAAAUAUUCUGACUUCGUCUACACUGGGUGGUGAUGCGAUGGGUGGGUCUGAAUUUGCAGGUUCAGCUAAUGAAACUGUAGGAGAAAGACUUAGCUGCAACGGUGCUCCUUACUUGAAUGAUGGAGAAAAUACUUUUGGUUCUUCAGAAUUUGGUACAUCCACUGUCACUGAACAUGUAUGUUCUUACGUGGGAGAAGAAAGAGAUGCCACCAAAGAUGAAAAUAAACGUUCUGGUUCGCGACAUGGGGCUUCCACGGGGCUGUAUAAUGUGGAGAAGCCAUGCUAUUUGACAGGGGUCCAUUUAAAUGCUACUUGUGCUGGAGAUUCUAAUGAUCCCUUUGGUAGCAGCUCCUGUUGCUCAAAAGAUGUUACUGAUAGUACUAGUCAUACUGAAAGAGUUCAGUGCAGCAGUGAAGCCUGUAGCAGCAAAACGUUUCUUCCAGUUAGUUCAGGGAGGAGUUCCAAAAAAUCAAGAAAAACAUCUAGCUGUAGUAAUUUGACUGCAACUACCAGAGUAGUAGGUGCUAAUAGGCACAGGCAAAGUGGAAAAGACAAUUCGGUUUCUGUGUGGCAAAAAGUAGAAAAACUUGACAAGGAGAACCCGUCUAGAGCAGGCCGUGUGGUUGCAUCAGCAGUUCAGGAUACAAUUGCACUAGAAGACAGUAAACACAGUCCAAAUAGAUCAGUUGAUAAACAGCAGUGUGGGAAAUCAUGGAAACAACAUUCUCCAGAUGAUGUUGUUGAAACGCGGCUUACCAAAGAAAAUGACACACUGAACUCAUGCCAACCAUUUUCCAGAGGCAUACACAAGAAGCAAAUGCCAUUUCAGCAAACAAGUGUGUCUCCCAAAAAGGGUUGUUCUCAGUCGCCGAGGAACCACUAUGCUUCUAAGAAUGGUAUCCCCAAGACAUCGAAGAAUCACACGCAACAGAUAGAAGGAUUGCCUAUGUUGCAGCCAGUAUGUGCCAGGGACACUAGUGAUAGGUCAAUCUCGACUUCUUUAGCUGAUGAAUUUCCUCCAAAUGGAGUUGUCAGCAACAGUCUAACUGAGGGAAAUGAGAGUUCACAAUCUGGUGUUGAGGAAGCAGUACUAGCAUCUUCUAACAUGGAUUGUCAUUUGGUCCCACAAGCUACGUCCAAGGAAGCAUGUUCGUUGGUCAUUCAAGGCAACACUCAUUCUUCAUGCAAUGGAAAUAACGUCAUAUCCGCAGGUUUGGAUUCCAGGAACUUGUGCUCUGAUCCUUGUGCUGCAGAAAUGGCAGAAACACCAUGUGCGAACUUGAUAACCGAGAAUACUUCUCAAGAAUCAUGUAAGUUGUAUUCUGCUGCUGGACACAUGUCACAUAAGUGGGUUCCUGUUGGAAAGAAAGAUAUGAUCCAUUUAAAUGUUAUGGAUCCUUCUGUUGUUGAAGCAUCAGUUGCAGCUAACGAUAUUUCUGUUUCUGCCCAUAGUGAAGACAGCAAAGAAGCUACUGAGGGGAUGACUGCUAAAUCGAACUCGUCUGGACAGCUUGAUUGGAAAUGCCAAGGACAUACUGAAACUGGUGCUGCUUUCAGCAAGAUAAGAGAAGCAGUGGGUGAUGCUUUUAGGGCCCAACAGAGAGCAGAAGAUAUCCAACUCCGCAUUGGCAGGCCUCUUGCUGAUUUUGAACAAUUUAUUCACUCUGCUUCUCCAGUUCUCCAUUGCAGCUCUUGCCCUAUUGGCUGCAACUCUUAUUCGCAGGAAAUUGUUAGAGAUGGCUUGUGCUUUGAUCAGACUAUGGAUAUCUCUCUUGGUAGCAUUUGGCAGUGGUAUGAAGAACCUGGCUGCUAUGGCUUGGAAGUAAAGGCACAGGAUCUUCGUAGAUCAAAAGGCUUCUGGAAUAGACAUCAUCAGUUUACUGCCUACUUCGUUCCAUAUCUGUCAGCGGUUCAAUUGUUUGGGCAGCCUAAGAGAACCAUUAAUAAGGAAGUAGCUGAUAUGGAUGUGAAAUCUAGAACAUCUCCAUGUAUGAACUCUCUCCCGAUAUUAGCAAAGCUUCUGCCGCAACAAUCUAGUCAAAGAAGUAGCAACUCGCCUUUGCAUAUUAAAGAUGAUCAACAGUUGGGAAGUGUAGAGCUCAUAUUUGAAUUUUUUGAAUCUGAACAACCAUUUUGGCGACGACAAUUAUUUGACAGGGUGAAGGAGUUGAUUGAUGGUGCAAAACAGUCAAAUUGCCAAAUAUUAGGAGACCCAAAGAAUCUGGAGCUCAACCUGCAUGAUCUUCAUCCUGCCUCUUGGUACUCUGUUGCAUGGUAUCCAAUAUAUCGUAUACCUGACGCGAAAUUUCAGGCUGCUUUCUUGACUUAUCAUUCUCUUGGACACUGGGUUCACCAAAGAAGCUCAUCAGACCAGGCUGGUCAUACUCAUGUUGUUUUGCCAGUCAUGGGUCUGCAGUCUUAUAAUGACAAGGGGGAGUCGUGGUUUCAGAUGAGCAAGUCCGGUUCAGACGAGACCGAGUCCUUGUCGGGUCAACCAUCUCAGAUUCUCAGAGAAAGACUUUCAACGCUGAACCAAGCUGCAGCGGCAAUGGCCAGGGCCGACGUGUUCAAGAAGGACCAGAUGCGCAAAAACAGGCACCCAGACUACGAGUUCUUCCUCUCCCGGAACCGGUAGACUGACUGGAGGGUAGCGGUGCCUGUCAUCUGAUCUAUUUUCUCUCAUGGAGCCAGAUGAAGGAGGGGUUGGAAUUUGGAACAGUGCUGGCUUCCGCAAUGUUUGUAGCCUUCGUUUGUCAUCCUGUAUAUAUCCGAAGAUGCAAGACCUAGUGAUUACCAGACCAGAGUUGAUUAGGUUACUAGGUGGGGGUUUGUAAACCCUUUUUUACUUAGUUGCUGUCUCUUGUACAUACAUGUCGGCAAAUGCAAACCUGUCACUUAAUUAGCUGCCUUAAUUAUAUGCUAUAUACAUAUAGAUCUGAUCAA